UCGGCCAUGCGGCUCCGGGGCCGGGGGCCUGGGCUGGGGCGCGCGCCGCCCCCAGCGCGCCGCCCGCGCUGACCCGCUCGCCGGGCGCCGCCGGCACCAUGGUGCAAAAGUCGCGCAACGGCGGCGUCUACCCCGGCCCGGGCGGAGACAAGAAGCUCAAGGUGGGCUUCGUGGGGCUGGACCCCGGCGCGCCCGACUCCAGCCGCGACGGCGCGCUGCUCAUCGCCGGCUCCGAGGCGCCCAAGCGAGGCAGCAUCCUCAGCAAGCCGCGCGCGGGCGGCGCGGGCGCUGGGAAGCCCCCGAAGCGCAACGCCCUGUACCGCAAGCUGCAGAAUUUCCUGUACAACGUGCUGGAGCGGCCGCGCGGCUGGGCGUUCAUCUACCACGCCUACGUGUUCCUCCUGGUCUUCUCGUGCCUCGUGCUGUCCGUCUUCUCCACCAUCAAGGAGUACGAGAAGAGCUCCGAGGGCGCCCUCUACAUCCUGGAAAUCGUGACCAUCGUGGUGUUCGGCGUGGAGUACUUUGUGCGGAUCUGGGCCGCCGGCUGCUGCUGCCGGUACCGCGGCUGGAGGGGGCGGCUCAAGUUUGCCCGAAAGCCGUUCUGUGUGAUCGACAUCAUGGUGCUCGUCGCCUCCAUCGCGGUGCUGGCCGCCGGCUCCCAGGGCAACGUCUUUGCCACCUCGGCGCUGCGCAGCCUGCGGUUCCUGCAGAUCCUGCGCAUGAUCCGGAUGGACCGCAGGGGCGGCACCUGGAAGCUGCUGGGCUCCGUGGUCUACGCCCACAGCAAGGAGCUGGUCACCGCCUGGUACAUCGGCUUUCUCUGCCUGAUCCUGGCCUCGUUCCUGGUGUACCUGGCCGAGAAGGGGGAGAAUGACCACUUUGACACCUACGCGGACGCGCUCUGGUGGGGCCUGAUCACCCUGACCACCAUCGGCUACGGGGACAAGUACCCCCAGACCUGGAACGGGAGGCUCCUGGCCGCCACCUUCACCCUCAUCGGGGUCUCCUUCUUCGCGCUGCCUGCAGGCAUCCUGGGCUCCGGCUUUGCCCUGAAGGUGCAGGAGCAGCACCGGCAGAAGCACUUCGAGAAGAGGCGGAACCCGGCCGCUGGCCUGAUCCAGUCGGCCUGGAGGUUCUACGCCACCAACCUGUCACGCACGGACCUGCACUCGACCUGGCAGUACUACGAGCGCACGGUGACCGUGCCCAUGUACAGCUCGCAAGCUCAAACCUACGGGGCCUCCAGGCUCAUCCCACCGCUCAACCAGCUGGAGCUCCUGAGGAACCUGAAGAGCAAGUCUGGGCUCACCUUCAGGAAGGAGCCUCAGCCCGAGCCGUCGCCAAGCCAGAAGUUCAGUUUGAAAGAUCGUGUCUUCUCCAGCCCCCGUGGCGCGGCCGCCAAGGGGAAGGGGUCCCCCCAGGCCCAGACCGUCCGGCGCUCACCCAGUGCUGGCCAGAGCCUUGAGGACAGUCCCAGCAAAGUGCCCAAGAGCUGGAGCUUCGGGGACCGCAGCCGGGCCCGCCAGGCCUUCCGGAUCAAGGGCGCUGCCUCGAGGCAGAACUCAGAAGAAGCCAGUCUCCCCGGGGAGGACGCAGUGGACGACAACAAGAGCUGCAACUGCGAGUUUGUGACCGAGGACCUGACGCCUGGCCUCAAAGUCAGCAUCCGGGCCGUGUGCGUCAUGCGGUUCCUGGUGUCCAAGCGGAAGUUCAAGGAGAGCCUGCGGCCCUAUGACGUCAUGGACGUGAUUGAGCAGUACUCGGCCGGACACCUGGACAUGCUGUCCCGCAUCAAGAGCCUGCAGUCCAGGAUAGAUAUGAUUGUGGGUCCCCCGCCCCCUUCAACUCCCCGGCACAAGAAGUACCCCAGCAAAGGGCCCCCGGCCCCUCCGAGAGAGUCACCCCAGUACUCACCUAGAGUGGACCAGAUCGUGGGCCGGGGCCCGGCGGUCACCGACAAGGACCGCAGCAAGGGUCCGGCCGAGGCGGAGCUGCCCGAGGACCCCAGCAUGAUGGGCCGACUCGGCAAGGUGGAGAAGCAGGUGCUGUCCAUGGAGAAGAAGCUGGACUUCCUGGUCAGCGUCUACACACAGCGCAUGGGCAUUGCCCCGACCGAGACGGAAGCCUACUUCGGGGCCAAGGAGCCGGAGCCGGCGCCGCCAUACCACAGCCCGGAGGACAGCCGGCAGCAGGUGGACAAGCACGGCUGUAUCAUCAAGAUCGUGCGCUCCAGCAGCUCCGGCCACAAGAACUUCUCCGCGCCGCCCGCCCAGGCCCCGCCCUCCACCUCCUGGCAGCGCCAGGGCCACGGCUCGUCCCCCGUGGGCGACCACGGCUCCUUGGUGCGCAUCCCGCCGCCCCCCGCCCACGAGCGGUCGCUGUCAGCCUACAGUGGGGGCAACCGGGCCAGCACGGAGUUCCUGAGGCACGAGGACGCGCCGGGCGGCAGGCCGCACGAGGCCGGCCUGCGGGACAGCGACACGUCCAUCUCCAUCCCGUCCGUGGACCACGAGGAGCUGGAGCGCUCCUUCAGCGGCUUCAGCAUCUCGCAGUCCAAGGAGAACCUGGACGCGCUGGGCGGCGGCUUUGCGGCCGUGGCGCCUCGGGCCAGGGUCAGGCCCUACAUCGCCGAGGGCGAGUCGGACACAGACUCGGACCUCUGCACCCCCUGCGGGCCGCCCCCACGCUCUGCCACCGGCGAGGGCCCCUUUGGCGACGUGGGCUGGGCUGGACCCAGGAAAUGAGGCCUCCUGCGUGCCCGCCUGCCUGGCGCCGCCCUGGAGGCCGGAGCAGGGACCCUGGGAACCUCAGGGAGGCCUGGAGUGGGCGGGCGGGGGCUGUUCUCGAGUGCUUUUCCAGGAGGGGCUGGUGCCAGGACCAGGGCCCCGGUCAGCAGCAGGAGGAGAGGCCCCAGGAGCAGAGCCCAGGGCAGGGUACGGGUGAGGGGGCCUGGGUUUUAGCACUGCCGGCCGGAGGCAGCUCGGGAGGCUGUGAUGGGCGGGGGUGGUGUGGACUGCCCUGGCCCUGACCACCUGGCUAGUGUGUCCCUCAGUCCCUGACUGCCCCACGGAGGCGUGGCCGUGCCGCCGCCCUCGAACCUGCAGUGGCCGGCUGGACAGCUGCCGGUCAGCAUCUCCCCCCCACUCCCCGGGUUCUGAGGGUCUUUUCACAGGGGGCUGCCCAAAGCGCAGGACCCUCUCCUGGAGUGGAGGCAGGGGUGAGGCUUCAGGCUCUCUUGGGAGGCCCCACAUUGUGUCCUGACGGGGAGCCCCGGGAGCCGUCCUGGGGCACGAGGGCCAGCAGCACCCAGCGGCCUCUCUCUGCUGACUGCUCCGGCCAGCACCAUGAGAGGCCCAGCCAGUGAGCACUGUCCUUGGCCAGGGCCCCGCCUCGCUCAGCCCCCACUGAUGCCCUGACAUGUGUGGCCAGCGGGAGAAGCCUGCAGGUGCCAGCACUGGGGGUUGGCCAGCUCCACCCCUCCUCGCCGCUGGCUCCUAGGCUGUGACCCCCUGGUGUCUCGGGUGUUAGGGACCCCCAGGACCAGUGAGCUUUGAGGGGCAGUGUGGGCCCAGCAUGGGCGUCUGGAGCAACAUCACGGCCCUCGCUGUGUGGGCGGCCCCUGAACUCCACGGGGGGGGGGGGGACUGUGAAGUCAGCAUCGAGGGUCCCAUGUCCCCGGUGUCAGAGGCCCUGGCCACGCGGGGGUCUUUGGGGAGUCCUUGCUAGGGCCCUGCUGGGCGCCCGCCCUGUGCUGGCUGUGGGGACGAGGCCCUGGCUGGAUGCUGCUGCCCACUCAGGCCCACACGUCCACUCUGCUCUCGGGUUCCGGUAGUGCUGAGAGCAGUCCCCUGGUGGGACAGCGUGAGGGGCUGCCCCCCUGGACAGGGUCGAGACUGGGGCCCAAGCCAGGGAGACUCCAGCUGGAGCCCCAGGCGGGGCCAGGAGGGCUGGCUCUGGCCGCAGCCCCCGUGCCCCCAGCUUGGCCAGUCCAGGCUCUGGGUCAUGAGCCUCUGAUGAGGCCCCACCUCCCACCCCACCCACCACGGAGGCAGCGGGGUAAGGGUGAUGGACAGGUGAGCUCCUGCUCCCGAUCCUGGCUGCCCAGCAGGUCAGGUGGGAAGGGUCUCACCUAGGUUACAGCGAGGACAGAGGCUGGAUGGGCGUGUCCUGCAUUGAGGCAGGCUUCUGUGGGCUGAUGGAGCCCCACGUCUGGGGGUGCUAAGGUGGGAGCCCCUCCAAGGGCCCUGGCCCUGGCCUGAACAGCACAGCUGUGGGCGUCCUGGCCCUGCCUUCAGGAGGGCAGUAGCCACCAGGGGUCUUUGUGCAACUGUGGGCAGAGGUUUUCCAGGAUGAGAUGUUUGCCAGAGCAUGCAUCCCCACAUGUCCACCAGCACACAUGUGCUCACAUGGCCGCACACGUGCACACAUGCAUGCUCACAGACGUGUGCACGGUCCACUCAUGGCUGCAUACAUGCACACACCCACACACGUGUGCACACAGCACGCACUAUUCCACGUGUGUGCACACAGCUGCAUAUGUGCACAUUCAUGCUCAGACAUGGGCACAGCCCACUCACAGCUGCACACAUGUACACACACUCAUACAUGUGUGCAACACAGUCCACACAGCACACACACAAUGACACACUCACAAGUGCACACGGCUGCAUAUGUGCACAGUGCCAAUCCAGCCACACACAUGGACACGUGAGCCCCCCACAAUCCUGGCUUCAGCUGCCCUCUGAUUUCCUGCCUCCGCUCUGCCGUUUAACCCUGGAAUAAACGACUUCAGGAGUCACAGGUGUUUCUAUGUCGAGGCGUGGGCUGGGUGCCUGCUGUCUAGGGCACCCAUGCAGGCUGCACACUGCCCUCUCCCUCUGCUGGGACACGGCUGGGACCCGGAUGGUCCCCUGUCUGGGUGGGUGUCCAGCUUUGCCCUGGGGGAGCCUCCCAGGCCCUGCCCCAGGCGGGGGCACCGUCUGCCCUUGGCUUUUCCUGACCCAGUGCCUGCCAGGCCCUUGCUCCUGUCACAUGGUGGUCAGUGCAGGGCAGGUGGCCAAGGGCCCCUCCCUGGGAGGCCAGGGCAGCCCUCGCCCAGCCCACUGAGGCCCCGUGUAGGCUGCUGCCCAGAGGCAUCCCUGGCCAGCAGCUCCCGGUUCUUGGUGCGUUUGCUUCAGAGAUGGUCUCCCCUUGCUGCUCUGGAGGCCCGGGGGGGGAGGGGGGGCCCAGAGACCCCAUCGGAAGCCCCUGAGCUGUUUCCGGGAGCUCCCCAGAGCUGGUGGCGGCGGCUGCAGGGCAGGGCUGCGGGUGUCAUCCCUGGGCUCCUGCUGAAGACUGGCCUCCUCCACAUCACCCCAGCCCUUGACCCCAGUGUUGAGGGGCCCAGGCCAGGCAGGCAGACCCUGUGGGGACAGCCGUGCCUCCCAGCAGGGGGUGAGUCCUGGCCAUAGCGCUGCUGGCACCCUGGCUCAGGACCCUCGCCUGGAUGCAGUCAGCCACCCUGGGCCGUGGUGUGGAGGCUGCAUGUGUGGGAAGCACCUUGGGUGUGGGGUUCUAAGGGCCUCGUAGGGGCUGCAGGCCAGAAUCACUGCCCAGGGUGGCUCUGUCCAGCUAGGGCCAGCUGCUGGUCAGCCCAGUGCUCGGGAGGAGGAGAAAAACCAGAGAGGGCUUCCUGGGGAGGUGGAGCGGUGGCGUUGGGGGCCCCUCUCCCCUCUGAGAGCCUCAAGGAGCCAGGUGCCUGGUGUGGGGCAGGGGCCACCUUCGCUGAGGCUCGCUGUGCUGUGGGGGUGCGGGGGGGCAGCCCUGGGGGGACACAGCUGGAGGGAGAGGUGUGGGGCUGGGUGACCCAGGGCUGAGUCCAGCCAGUGGCCCUGCCCUGAGUCAGGUCCAGCACGGAGGGGCUGUGCCUGGCUCCGGCCGCCAAGCACCCGGCUCCCAGUGGGCCUCGCAAGUUGGUGCCUUAACGCACACGGACAGAACUCCGGAAGCUUCCGCCACACAUGGACCCCCAGCUCCGCCUCCAGGUGGGCCCCCUCCAGCCCAUGCAGAAGCCUCAGAGCCCCCCCCCCCCCCAUGCCGCCUGCCUGCUUGGAGCCCGCUCGGCGCUCAGGCUGCCCCCACGCCUCAUUGCCUGGUGCCCGUGGUGGUGGCUGCUGCUGCCCCGGACGCCGUGGCCUUGCUGUCUUUGCACUUAGUCCUUGCUCCAAAGAUUCUCCACAACCUGCCUUCAGCGCCGCCGGCUGCGUGGCCCCACCCCACGCCACAGCCCGUGCACGCCCCUGCUCUGGGCAUUGAUGCCAGGGACAGACCUCUGGUGCAGCUGAGAGACCGUCUUGCUGGACACGGAUGGGCUGACCAAGGGCUGCCCGGAGUGAACCUGGGAGGGGGCUGUGGAGGCAGAAUGUUCUGGAAAGCCCAAGGUGGACGCCCAUGCACCUGUGCACUUAGUAAAAUGCAGCAAUUCAACCUGGA